AUGGUACCGGGUAUUCUUUAUUACGCAGUUGUCAAUGAUGAGCCGAGUGAGAAAGUAAAAAUGAUGCCACCGAUUCUGUACUCAGUCAUGGCGAUCGCCAAAUACAGUACUUUACUUGUUUAUGAAUACGAUAUUAGAAAUUGCCUGCGGCACAUCAAGGAAGAUUGGGGAACAGUAGUCGUCGAUGACGCGCGAGAAGUGAUGCUGAGCAAAGCUAGUAAUGGAAGACGAUUGUUCAUCUUGUGCUGCACGUUUAUGUAUUGCGGUGGAGUGUCUUACAAUACGAUAGUGCCGCUGUCGAGAGGAAGUAUUGUUAUCGAUGAGAAUACGACAAUUAGACCCUUUUCCAGCCCCGGUUAUUAUGUUUUCUUCGAUCCGCAGAAUAGUCCUGCCUACGAAAUCGUGUUUCUUCAACAAGUCCUUUGCGGUUUUGUCAUGUACACGAUCACGGUGGCGAUUUGCGGUCUCGCCGCUGUCUUUGUGAUGCAUGCGAGCGCACAGAUGGAAAUUCUCAUACGACAGAUGGAGAACUUCGUCGAUGAGAGUGAGUUUGGACAACGUAAUAUCUGCGCAAAGUUGGCAGUUAUAGUUGAACAUCAAAUAAGAAUACAAAAUUUCUUGCAACUGGUGGAGAAUGUUUUGCGCUACAGUAGUUUAGUCGAAAUAGUCGGGUGCACCACGUUGAUAUGUCUUACCGGAUAUUGCAUAAUAGGGGCCGAAGAAGUGGGCUUGAUUACUUGUACGCUCGACUGGUAUCGUCUUCCAACAAACGUAGCGCGAGAUAUGAUAUUAGUAAUUAUCUCUUCGAAUACUCCACCACGAAUUACCGCUGGAAAAUUCAUCGAACUAUCCUUCAAAACAUUCGGUGAUGUAUUUACUCUUAUAUGA